UUGUUAUAUUAGUAAUUCUUCAGAAAAUUCUAUGCUAAAAUUUAUACAAUUUUUUACUUCUUAUUGUAGAAAUAUUUUGAUUUCGAACUUUUGGUAAAACCGAAUCGCGCGUGUUGGCCAAACCAUUUCUCCACAAUAUUAUUAUUGUGAGAUCUAGGUGUUGAAUCUUGCCAUAUAAAUCAAUCACUUAAGGUAUACUAAACAAUGUUCAACAACUAUCCUUGGUUUACUUAUAAUAUCGGGAAUUAUUGAAUUUUUAAUUGCAUACUCUCUUGCUAGACCUUUAUAAAACAUAGCAAGUUGGGAGCUCUUAAACAAUAAUGUUGCCCAUGCUCAAAAAAAUCGGUGUUGAACUUGUGUGGGUCGGCCAAGUAGUGUUGUCCUUUUGCUGUUUGAACUACUAUUUAACGCCAAAGAAUAACUCAAUUGAUUCUUUGUAGAACUAUUUCUUUACAAGCAAUCGAAUAAAACAUUAAAAAUGGUGAAAGAAACAGUUAUCGAAAAACCAUUUUUGAAUUAUUUUGGUAGAUUAUCAGAAGGUCCAACUUAUAAUCCAUCGAAUAAUACAUUUUUAUGGGUUGAUAUAAUUGCAGGUCAAUUACAUAGGGUUUCAUUAGCAAAUACAACUUCUGAAGAAUAUACAAGUGAUGAAUUAUUGAAAACUCAAGAAUCUCAUGAAGCUUUUGCUACACCUGAUGAAUAUUUUGGAGUUGUUUAUUUAACUAAUAAGGAUGAAAUUGUUUUAAUUGGUGGUAGAAGAGGUAUUGCUGAAUAUAAUUUCAAUACUAAGAAAUUCCAAUAUAAAUUCAAGUAUGAUGAAAUUACUCAUGGGAAAUUAAGAUCAAAUGAUGGUAAUAUUGAUCCAAAUGGUGAUAUUUGGCAAGGUUUAAUGGGAUCUUUUGAAUAUGGUCCUAUUGAUGAAGGUAAAUUAGUUAAAAUUGAUUCUAAAACUGGUGAAAUAACAACUAAAGUUGAUCACGUUUUAAUUUCAAAUGGUAUUAAUUGGUCAAAAGAUGGUAAAACUUUAUAUUGGACAAGUUCAUUAGAAUUUAUAAUUUAUAAAUUUGAUUAUGAUUUGAAAACUGGUGAAUUAUCAAACAAGACCCCUUUUAUUAAUAUCAAAGAUUUUUUACCAAAUUUUGAAAGUCCAGAACCUGAUGGAUUUGCUAUAACUGAAACUGGUGAUAUUUAUACAGCAGUUUUCAGUACUUCAUUAGUUUUACAUUUCAAUUCCAAAGGUGAACUUGUUGAACAAUUUAAAUUCCCAGCUAAAAGAAUAACAGCAGUAACAUUUGGUGGUGUUGAACAUGAUGAAAUGUUUGUAACUAGUGCUAAUUUACACCUUGAUGAUCCAACCAAAUUAGAUGCUGAACCUGAUGAUCUUGGUGGUGCAAUUUUCAGAGUUAAAUUACCUGGUGCUAAAGGUGUUUUGAAACCUCAAUUCCAAUUAUGA